UUGUACCAUGACCACGUCAAGACGAGCUAGAAAAGCGGGUUUACCUAACAAAUCAAUAACACAGUCGCCGUUGGCUGCUUAACUGGAUCAUUCACAGGCAUAUGCAGUGUUGUGUACAACUGUAGCUGAAGAACGUGCCCUACUGUUCUUAUGUGUCACGUUGACCUAAUGCACUGUGGAAGAUGGCCAUCAUAUUCAUCACUUAGGCGCAACACUAGUAACUGUGUACAGAUAUUCUCCGAUCGUAACACUGGCUUGAUACAGUCUGCAUAUUAACGGAAAGUACUGUUAUCUCACACUGAUGAGUGAACGUAGCAAAUGCCAGCCAGGGAUGUUCGGAAGACUGUGUGAUCAACUAUGCCCAAAGAAAUGUGCCCGGAAGAAAGGAAGAAAGCUUGUAGACUGUGAUAGGGACAGUGGGAGUUGUUCUGAAGGGUGCGUGGGAGGAUGGUACGGCGACCAAUGUGAUCAAACUUGUAGCAAGAACUGUAAAGACAACAUUUGCAACCAAGUGAAUGGACAAUGCACCCGAGGUUGUAAAGCGAAGUACAGAGGAAAGUUUUGUGAGAGUUUUGUUGAAAAAUGGACCAAACCUGAUGGAGUGAAGACUGACUUUGAAUCAAAUGUUGCUCCUUCAGUUGCUGCUGUGGUCAUCAUACUUUCGAUCUGUAUUGUCGUCAUUGUCAUUUACAUCAAAAAGCGAAAUCGAAGAAGACAGAGACCAGGCAGUGAAACAUCGCAACGAGAUACCGAACUCCAUGAGGCCUGUAGGACCGGAGACCUGAACAAAGUGAAAGGUAUCUUGUCUGACAGUCGGGUACCCAUAAACAGCCGUGGAAUUUUUGGGAGGACACCUGUUAUGGUUGCAAGUGAAAAUGGACAUAGUGAAUUGGUGAAUCUUCUCGUGGAACAAAUAAGUUGUGAUCUUUCAUUGACAGACGACGAUGGAGACAACAUUCUUCAUCGGGCUUGUUAUGGUGGACAUUUAGAAAUAAUAGAGAAGAUCCUCUCAGAAAACUGCGUUGACAUGAACAGUAGCGGCAGGCGUGGUAGGACACCGGUGAUGAUGGCCGCAUGGGGAGGACAAAUGAAUACAUUUUCAUUGCUUGUGCAUAAAGGAGCAAGUUUGGAAUUACUUGAUGAAGGCAGGGACACUAUCCUUCAUUGGGCAUGCGCGGGAGGAAAUUGGAAAAUAGUUAGAUAUAUCCUUUCCAAGGAUAUUAUUAACAUCAACUGUAGGGGCUGGUCUGGAAUGACUCCAUUGAUGAUGGCAGCAUGGAAGGGGCAAACAAAUGUUGUGGAGUUUCUUGUGAACAGAGGAUGUGAGAUGUUACAAAGAGAUGAUCAUAACAAAAACGUGCUUCACUGGGUCUGCUACGGAGGAGACUUAGACACAGUCAACUAUGUCCUCUCAAAAACCCUUGCUGACAUGAAUAGUGCAGGUCUACGUGGAAUGACACCAGUAAUGGUUGCAGCCCGUGAGGGACAUAUCAAAGUGUUUGACUUACUGUUGAAGAAAGGAAGUGAUGUGUCGCAAAAGGAUAGUGAGGGUAACACCAUUCUUCACAUGGCCUGUAUUGGGGGACAUGAAGAUAUGGUCAAACAUAUCUUUGCAAACAAGCUUGUUGACAUCAACUUACAAAACAACAUGGGUUCAACAGCAGCCAUGAUAGCAAGAACUGAAGGUCACAAUGCACUCUAUGAUUUAUUUGUGUCCAGGGGCUAUAACUUGGAAUAAAUACAGACAAUGAAAGUGGGUACAUUAUUUACAAUGUCACCAAUUUCAGAACAUUUUCAGUUCUUAGUGUUAACUGGUGUCUAGUGUAGGAAAUGUCUCCAAAUACUGACCAAACUAUUGUUGGGAGGAAUUCGUUAAUAUCUCUUUACCGGAAGAAAAUACAUGAAAAUAUGGUCAUUCCUAUCAGAAAGAUUUUGAAACGAUAAUGUAUGCAUGAAUAUGUGGUAUAUAUCAAGAUCAAUCAUCCAUGAAUGGCAUGCACUGUCACCUUGAAGUUUUAUAGCAUAGUAAGCAUAAUAAUUGCCGCUUACAAGUAUGCCCGACAUAUAUAUCCAAAAGAUGAACACCUUGUGAAUGAAUGUUUGCUGUUGAUGAAGUCGUGCAAUGCUUUUUACAAAAAUACGUUGGAAACAUAUCUAAACAUGAUAUGAUUGUCAGUUGUCAAAACAUGCUUGGAGACGAACUCACACCCAUAUUAUCUGAAGAGUACAAAGAUAAAUAUGAAACCAAAUGUCAUUGUCAAGUGAUUAAUGAUAAUGUACUUAUCUUUGAAUUUCACCCCGAUGUGUAAUUUGCUUACGCCCAUGUCACAUGAUUGACGAUAUACCCUGUUUUGGGAUUAGAUAAUAUAUAUAACUUCCGAUGACAAAUACUUAUAUAAAAUAUAUUUACGUUUUGCACCACUUUUGGGUUGGCUGUAAUUAGCUUUCUCCUUUUAUUUUGUUCUAUUACCAUAGGAAUGCCUCUUUGGAAAACGCAAUGUAUUUACAUUCUUUGCUUGUAAAUGAUAUUGUAAAUAUGAAAUAUGUGUGGUGGCGCGUGGUCCUGUGCACAGCGCAAAGAUCGCAAAUCAGGUGAAUUUAAGCAACGUCUGUCUCGGAGAGUAGUUGGAUGGGUGACCACGUUCAGAGGCUUGACUCCUUAGAGUUUCAAGGGCUUCGGUCCUGCCCCACACUGUAGGGGCACCACAUGUGGUGCCUCCUUAGGCAGGUGACUUUGUUCGACAUGUGCCUCUGUUAAGCCAGCAGUGAGUGGGUACCCGGUAUAAUGAAUUGGUAAUGUAGGAUGAAAUGGUAACCUUCUAGCGCCUUACAGGCAGCUUUGGUUGUAUACUCCCCAGGGAGCUGAGAAUGAAAAUCGAGUGCUCACUGAUCCAUUGACUGG